ACGCAUGCGCAAAAUGAUGUGUUAUUAACCGGGUAGGAUAGCGGGUACAGGAGAAACGAAGUGUCACGUUUGUUGAAACAAAGCGUUUCAGACAAACUUUUUCAGAUGGAUUUAGACAGUGGAAACUACGAGCCCGGGUUUGUUGGGAUACGGUUUUGUCAAGAAUGGUGAGUUUGUGAGGAGAUGUAAGUUAGAUACCGGGAAGUGAAGCUUUAGUUUAACGGCAAAUAGGCUAACGCAUGAUGUUAACUUGUGGUUCCUUCAAUACUUUACUGCCUUCAAAUAAAACCAGAGUCAAAGAGAAGGUUUAUAUCGUAAGACUCUGGAAACUACUGAACGUUUUUUUUAUUCUAUUACAGUAACAACAUGUUAUAUCCCAAAGAAGACAAGGAGAACCGGAUUCUGCUUUACGCGGUAAGAUUUACAACAAAGUUGUCAGCUGAAAGUUUAUGUAGUUCUGCUAUUUAAUCAUUAUAUCUGUAUAUUUGUUAUAUAUUAACUAACAUACUGCAGGUGACAUAUAGUAAAUCAGUUAGAGAACGGCUUAUACGAGUGAAAAAAGGAAAGACUGUAUGACACACACUCUCUAACUGGAUACCUCCCUGAGUAUUUGUACACACAGCUGACAAACACAUUUUGUUUUUAUAAUCAGUUUUAUAUAUUUUCCUGCAAAGACUAGUAUUAGUUGCUGCAUUCUUUAUAGGGCUGGGUGAUAUGGACCAAAAGUCAAAUCCCGAUAUAUUUAGGCUUAUAUUUAGGCUAUAAAUGGCCUAUUAAAAUCAAAUUGCAUAUUUUCUUCUCCUCUCUAACAAAUCCACAGAUGCAAACAAGUGUUGUUUUCAUUGACGAUGAUGUUGACGAAAUAUUUUUAAAACAACACUGGUGCUGCGAGAUAACCACAAUAAAAGUUUCCUCAGGGUCAAUAACAGUUUAUAAUCCCGCUCUCUCUCCUCCUCUUCUCUUCACUCUGUGCAGCUGAACUGUCAGGAUGCUAAAUGCUAACUUUACCUGGCUGACAGUCUGCUGAGUACAAGAUGUUUAGUGUUUGACUGACGAAAAAGAAACCCACACAAGAGGAAAGAGCUGAAGAUUGUACACAGUGAGCCCAUCAUGUCUGUUGUAUGCCUGAAAUAGUCUGAAUUGCUCUUGUUCUGUCCACAGUGCAGGAAUUGUGACUACCAGCAAGAGGCAGACAACAGCUGCAUCUAUGUGAACAAGAUCACCCACGAGGUUGAGUAAGUACAAGAAAGGUGGCGACACAGAUCGACCCUGAAUUUUUUUUUUUUUGUUUGCUGACCAGACUUGGCUCUACUUUAAAUCAUCAAAACAUGUUUUUUUUUUUGGCAGAAAACCUUUUAGUUUGUAGUUGAGGCUCUUCUUUUCCAGCGGCAAAUUAACAUUUCCAAAAUGUUGACUGAGUCGAAUAAAAAAAAAAAGUGUGUCAUAAUUUUAUCAAUGUACAACCCUCUUUGAAUGUGAUAGUAUUGCUAUACAAUCCUGUUAUUUCAACUGUGCCUUUCAUUCAUACUGCAAAAUGUACUCUUUGCUGUGGUAGUGUGAACAUGUAUUCAAUCCUUUUGCAUGAAAUAUAACAUCUUGUCAUGAAGAAUGUAAUGUUAACCAACAGAAGACAUCACAUUUUACUAAUGAGGUGAUAUAACGUCUCUUUCCAGUGAGUUGACACAAAUCAUCGCUGAUGUAUCCCAGGAUCCCACACUCCCGAGAACAGAAGACCACCCCUGUCCGAAGUGAGUUUUAUCUUCAAAGUGUACGUCAGUGAACGUGUACGGAGAUCACUGUGGGUUCAUGUUUCUAUAAGGUGGAUUAAAUGUUGAAGAGGCUUCACCUGUUUAAGGCCUUCUUAGCCUUCCAACCAUGCUGUUUUUUGGCUGUGUGUAUCCCUCAUAUGUUCACUCACAUUUAUACACUAAUGAAGCCUCUAUGCAAAGCGCAAAUCAACCCACCAGGAUUACUGAUCUCAUCCUUAAAUAUUUAUAUUUUGAUGCCUCUGGGAGACAUUCUGGCUCCAAUUUUUGAAGGGACUCUUUGACAUGGAGAUUGCAGAAGCUGGAGAUCAAACUAUUUGGAUUAGAACAUGACCUACUCUACCACAAAGUCACAACCUCCCUUAUAAGCUUUGUUAGGUGUGGUUUAUUUUAGCUGACUCAGUACUUUAAUUGAUCAGACUCAGUCAAAGGCACCUUUGUCAUAUUUAAAACGAACAUUUUGUGAGUUUUACCAGUGCAGAAACCUUAGAUUGUUACUUUACUCCAAUGGCCCUCUUACUGUUUGAACACGCCUGUCAGAUCUGACGCACGAACCAACAGCUGGUGCAAGAAACACACCGAACUUAUUUAAAUCCUCUGUCAAAAACUUGAUGAAUUAAAGCUUAUUAGGUAAUCAUUGUAGCUUCACUCAGAUUUGACCCCCUGAGCUAAGAUACCAGGCACACACUGCACUUAACAAUCUUAGAGCAGAGCUGGUUCAUGGCUCUCAAAGGGUUCAAAGAGCAUCGGUGAUAAAAAAUAAAAUAAAAUAAAAAUAAAAAACAUGAAUGUUAAAAUGUAUUAUGGGCCAUUUUAUCGCACAUUACAUUUCUUCUCAUUAUUUGAAAUAUUGUUAAAUAUGGAAUUGUGUCACUGGGUUUGUUAGUAAUGUUGUCACUGGUCUGUCUUUUCCUAGAUGUGGUCACAAGGAGGCAGUGUUCUUCCAGUCGCACAGCAUGAAGGCUGAGGUAAUGUCUGCAAUGAAAGGAGCGCAUAAUGUCAAUAUAGUUCAUAGUUUUAUAGGGGAUUAGAAUGCAGAACGUUUUAGUAAUUAGUUGUUAGUUUGUUACCAAAAUGCACUUGUGCCUGUAAAAACAGGCCAACUAAAAAGUGGUGUGAUGUAUGCUGGGAAAUGCACAGGGAAAUACCCCAAAAAAUGUUUCAAGAAUAUAUAGUGUUGAAAAAGUUACUCCAAAAACAUAAUGCAUGAUUUAUUACUUGUUACUGUCAUUUCAAAGUAAUUGGUUACUUCAUAAUAUUACACUACUUUGGCAUUACUUUUGAAGUGACCCCAUGUAGUCAUGUGACUGCCUGGUUCCAUUUAAUUGGUGAAGUGGGAGUAAGACAUUGCUAGUGGGUACAUUCGAUUGGUCAAACAGAGGUAUGUGACAGCGCCCUGGGCAGAAGUCUCUCUGAUAAACCCAAACAAACAGAUUGUGCACUGAAUAACAGAUGGAUUAAAAAAAAAGUAGCAAGCGGUAUGUAGCUCAAUAAAACAGAGUUAAGGUAGCGCGUUACUGCCCAACUCUGCAUGUCCUCAGCAGUUGACUAAUCACUCCCAGACCCUCCACACACACACACAUACACACACUGGUGGACUCGCCCCCUCCUUUUGCCCGCCGUAGAGACAUCUUUUGGUUUCUUCAGCCUUGUCUCUUCAGAGCUGAAAAUAAUGAGUGCAUGUACAUGUCGUGAAGACUACCUUGUUUUCUGCUGCAGUUACCUUCUCCUCGGUUGUUCUCCAGCACUAUCAGGAAGUAAACAUUUUCACAGAUUUUUCUCACAGUGUUGGCAAAUUUGUCUAAAAACAACUCAACACUUAAUUUUAGGGGUCUAAAAUGCUUUGUAACGCACAUUACUGAGGGUGUUACUAAGUAAAAUAUAACCUUUUUUAAUGCUUUUAAUGUCUUAAAUUACUGCGUUACAGCAAAAAGUAAUUGCAUUACUUUUGUAACAUGUCACUCCCAACACUAAAUAUAAAUAUAUCAUCAAAGAGACAGAGAUUAAUCUUUCCUUUCUUCCUGAUGUAUUUUAGGAGGCUUAAGUAGAGUAUAUGUUUUAUCAAACCUCGGUCACUGAACAUAUCUAAUAAACAGCAAUAUGCAACAUUGUGUUAAACUGCCCACUUUCCCAGCACUCAUUCUAUUAAAAAUAAUCUGCAAUACUGAGUUAAAGUCUUGGAACUAUUCAAAUACCUCAUUUUAGGUCUGCACAUGUAACAUCUAAUGUUCUGAGCCUAUUCUCCUUUUCACUGACAGGAUGCUAUGAGACUGUACUACGUCUGCACAGCCCCUCACUGUGGACACAGGUGGACAGAGUAGAGCGUUUGAUGAGGAAAGGGUAUAAAACUUGCAUUUUCAUUGAAAAGUAUUCCUGGUUGCAGCUGCAUUUUGUUUAAUGACCCUGAACUCAUCUUUUUUAGACACCAUUUUGUGAAUAUAAUGUAUUGAUAGUAUUUGUAACAGUUGUUAUUUUCAAAUGCAUUUUUUUGUUGGAUUAAAAGGAUCAUUUGUUUAAAA